GGAAUAUAAUCCAAGUGCAUGAAUUUGAACAACGACGCAGCGCCUCUUGAUUAGAGCAACACCUUAAUGUCAUGGAGAGCAGUGAGGAGCUUCCAAAGAAAUUUAGUACAAUACAAGCCCCGUGUUGGAAACCCAUCUGCAGGACGGAGGACGACUGGAGAGGCGUGACAAAUCCUGUGGAAAGGAAGAAGAGGCAGAAUAGAAUCAACCAGAGAACCUUCCGUAGGAAAAAAAGUGCGCAGAAGAAAGAACAGCGAAACAAGCAAGCGACCCGUCCCGAAGAGAUAGAUAAUCCAGACGGCGCUUCACUUCUGACUUGCCCACAACGCAUUGCUCGAGUUCGCGAAGCAAUUAAAGCGGCGUAUCAGGCUUAUAUGCUCAAUGUUCCUGGCCCAACAAACCUCCACAUGCUAAUCCGUCUCAACGUGCUGCAGGCAAUUGCGCGUAACGCUGUUCUCAUGGGUUUUUGGACGGAAGGCCUUUGCAAGGACGAUUACGUAUCGCCAUACAACGACCACGGACCACGACUACCACAUGAGACACUACCUCUAGCGAACUGCCCAGCAGCGCUCGCACCAACCCGUUUGCAGCGAACGAUGAUCCAUCAUCCUUGGAUAGAUCUGUUUCCGUUUCCAGACUUCCGGGAACGCGUGCUGCGAGCACUGGAUGCAGGUAUCCUAGAUGAAGACGAACUCUGCUUAGACAUACUGGAAGUGGAUGGACGCGAUCUGGAAGAAAGACCUGCGCUCAUAGUUUGGGGUGAGUCCAGCAACCCUAUGGCAUGGGAGGCUAGCGUACAGUUCUUAAGAAGGUGGGGCUGGCUUGUCCAGGGGUGUCCGGAGUUACUGGAGAGCACAAAUUACUGGCGGGAAAGACGUAACGAGCGUAGAUUGCCCCAACCUCUGAUGAUGAUGCUCGCUCCCUCUGCCACCAAUGUCGUAAUUCGACCGUCUCCUGGGACAAGGUAAAGCAUCAUUCUAACCAGGCUUUAACGUGUACAAAGUCCAUUUCGAAAAUAUAUUCGCCUAUUCUUAGACUGCGCCCUGAGGCGGACUGAGGAAGCAUAUUCUGAGCUUGCACAUAAAAUCAAUGCGAGAAACCCUGGAGAAAUUUCUGUUAACAAGCAAAAAUGACUUGCCUCCA